AUGGCUGGCUUCAAAUACGCCUUUUCGUUGUCCGAAGGAGAGGUCGAGAGUGCUAGGCCGCCCGGGACGGUCGUCUUAAUUGAUCACCAUCUCCAGCGCACAACAAGUGGUCGUGAAGUCCAGGAAGACACCGUCGUUCUAAAUCCGCAGCCGUCAUUAGAUCCCGCGGAUCCACUCAACUGGGCGCCAUGGCGUAAGACUGCUAUGCUUGUGUGCGUGUCUGCAGUUCCGCUCGUUGCAAACUUCACGUCGUCGUCCAUUGCGAGCGCGUUCCCGGUUCUGGCGACACCACUAGCUUUCAAUCCGCCGGUGCCAAUUACUAGGCUUACGCAGCUGAUUUCAGUCAAUGUCCUAAUGCAGGGUGCUUCUAACUUCCUAUGGGUUCCGCUGGCCAAUACGUUUGGACGUCGCCCGAUCAUGUUGAUCAGCCUCCUUAUGCUCGUAUUUUUCUCCAUGUGGGCCGGCCUGGCAAAAGAUUUCAGCAGCUUGUUGGCGGCGCGCUUUUUCAUGGGUUUUAGCAACGGACCCGCUGAUACAAUCGCGCCCGACAUUAUUGGGGAGAUAUACUUCGUCCACCAACGCGGUCGUGCCAUGGCCAUCUAUACCGUCUGCCUAGCAUGUGGACCCCUCCUAGGCGGGAUAGCAGGCGGCUACAUCGUAGGCGGCUUGGGAAUCGCCUGGAUCCACUGGGUCAACGUGAUCCUCGCAGCCAUAACGCUGAUCCUCUGCUUUCUGUUCCAGCCCGAGACGCUAUUCGACCGUACCGCAACUAUGGGGAUUGCAGGCAACAGCUCGAUUGAUCACUCUUCUGAGACCAAGCCGAAAGUAACAGAACUCGAGGAAGUCGCAUUCACGACCGAUUAUAGACCAUACACCUUCGCCCGAUCUCUGAAAAUGAACACGUAUCGCGGCGGCGUUCUGCAGAAAUUUAUUGCUCCGUUCCUUACACUCCGGCUACCGGGCGUGUGGCUGAUAAUGUUUUGGUAUGCUGGACUGGUUGGCGGUGUGGUCACAAUCUCAGCCAUCGGGCCUACCAUUGUCGCGUCACCACCAUAUCUAUGGGGACACGACGCCGGGCUGAUCAAUGUGGGAGCCCUGAUUGGCGCCCUCGUUGGUUUGGUAUUCACAUAUAUCACCGUCGACAGAUCUAUCAAGCAGCAGGCUAAGCAUGAGAGUCAUGGCCUCGGUGAACCAGAAACACGUCUCAAGACUGCACUUCCAGGUCUAUUUCUCGCAACAGCAGGAUUACUGGUAUUCGGGUUCUGUGCCGCCAAUCCCUCGCCCAAAGGCUGGGUCGGACUGCAGGUCGGAUACGGUAUGGUUUCUUUUGGACUGAUGCAGUGCCCAUCCGUCGGCUUCAACUACCUGAUCGAAGCGUACAACGCCAUCUCCGGCGAUUGCUUCGUUGCAGUCACGUCUUGCCGUGCGAUCAUCGCGUUCGCCUGGACGUUCUUCGUCGGCACUUGGGUCCACGAUCGUGGGGCCGCAGAGCCUUUUGGUAUCUUUGGCAUGCUGAUGGGACUGUUUGCACUGUUCACGUUCCCAAUACUCAUUUGGGGGAAGCGGCUGCGUAUUGCAACCGCCAAGUGGCUCCCGGCGCACGCUGAUCAUUGA